AUGGAUCCCAAUUUCUUCGACUAUCACGAUGAGAACAUCUCACUCAAUCCCAAUCUCGACUCGUUCGAUUUCAUUCAAAACCCUAAUUUCCUCUCUGACCCAUCUCCUCCCUCCGACGAAAACCAAUCAUCCAACAACACCUUGUUGAAAUACGUGAGCCAGAUCCUCAUGGAAGAGAGCAUCGGAGACAAGCAAUCCAUGUUCUACGACUCGUUAGCGCUACGGAAAACCGAAGAAAUGUUCCAGCAAGUGAACACAGAUUCCAAAUCUCAGUCCUUUAAUUCCUCUGACUCAGCGAUCACUACCGAUUCCGCUGAUGCUGUCUCCGUCGGUGGUCCGGAAAUCGAGCCGCCGGUGAAUGAGAUUCUUGUCAAGAGUAUGUUUAGUGAUGCAGAGUCAAAUCUACAGUUCAAGAAAGGGCUUGAAGAAGCUAGGAAGUUCCUCCCCAACAGUGACCAAUGGGUUAUAAACCUCGUUAAAGAAGAAGAGACGUCUAGGGUUAGGGUUAAGAAGCAUCAUCACGAGAGGGAAGUUCUUGAAUUUGAAGAAACCAGGAGUCGUAAGCAAUCUGCAGGAAACGUUGAAGACGGGAAGAUAACGGAUUUGUUUGAUAACGUUCUGCUUCUUGACGGCGAAUGCGAUCCGCGGACAUUGGUGGAAGACAAGUCUCAAGAAAUGAUUCUGAGUGAUGACAAGAAGAAGAUGAAGAAGAAGAAGACAAAGAAGAAGAAGAGUCAAGUGGUUGAUUUUCGUACACUUCUCACUCUCUGCGCACAAGCCAUCUCCACCGGAGAUAACAACUCUGCUCUUGAUUUACUAUUGCAGCUAAGACAAGAGUCGUCGCCUGUUGGUGAUGCGGCGCAGAGGCUCGCUCAUUGCUUCGCCAACGCGCUCGAGGCUCGUCUGCAGGGGAGCACGGUGAUACAGACUUACUUCACUGCGCUAACCUCGUCGAAGAGAACCGCUGCGGAUACGCUUAAAGCGUACAGAGUCUAUCUCUCUUCGUCUCCGUUCGUGACUUUAAUGUACUUCUUCUCCUUCAGGAUGAUUCUUGAUACCGCUAAAGACGCUGAGGUUCUCCACAUAGUCGAUUUCGGGAUUCUCUACGGGUUCCAAUGGCCGAUGUUUAUUCAGUACAUAUCAAGACGGAAAGAUGAUGUGCCGAGGAAGCUGAGGAUCACCGGGAUCGAGCUGCCUCAGCGCGGUUGGAUAGAGGAGGAGACGGGGCGAAGACUGGCUGAGUACUGCAAACGGUUUGAUGUUCCGUUUGAGUACAGAGCCAUUGCUUCUCAGGACUGGGAAACGAUCAAGAUCGAGGAUCUUGAUAUACGGCCGAACGAGGUUUUGGCGAUUAAUGGUGGACUCAGGCUGAAGAACCUUCAGGAUGAGACUGGAGGGGAAGAGAAUUGCCCCAGGGACGCGGUGUUGAAGCUGAUAAGGAGUAUGAAUCCGGACGUUUUCGUGCAUUCGAUAGUGAACGCACCGUUCUUCAUGUCGAGGUUUAAAGAAGCGGUUUACCAUUACUAUGCGCUGUUUGACAUGUUUGAUUUGACGUUGCCGCGGGAUAACCAGGAGAGGAUUGGGUUUGAGAGGGAGUUUUAUGGGAGAGAGGCGAUGAAUGUGAUAGCAUGCGAGGAAGGGGAUCGGGUGGAGAGGCCGGAGACGUAUAGGCAGUGGCAGGUGAGGAUGGUUAGGGCCGGGUUUAAGCAGAAACCGGUUAAGGAUGGGCUUGUUGAGUUGUUUAGGGAGAAGCUGAAGAAAUGGCGUUACCAUAAAGACUUUGUGGUUGAUGAGAAUAGUAAGUGGUUGUUGCAAGGCUGGAAAGGUCGGACUCUUUAUGCUUCUUCUUGUUGGGUUCCUAAUCGCUGA